UAAACCCUUGCAGUAUUUAUAUCGUCCAGCAGAGGUGGCUGUGUGACAAUAUUUGACCUCACACAAUUUACCAUAAUCUUGUCUGUGUCGUGAUCGAGACUGGAAAAAGGAGGCCAACUGGAUGACUGUCCUCUCAUUGGUCUGUUGUGUUGUUGAUCUAUAAUAACAACCUUGCCAUAUCUGCUCCCUGGGCGCCAAAAUAUACACACAGGGCCUCUCUAAAACAUUAAUACGUCAUUAUUUUUACUUUAUUUUUCUUCUCAUAGCGCUGGUUCCACCAAGGUACGGUAAUGAUCCUGAUUGCCCAACGCUGACAGACAACACUGAGACAAAACUGAAAACAGUCACACAGACACUGUUUUGGUGUUUGUGGGGUGUGUGAGCUAUUCAUGUGCUAAGGGUGAGCCUUGAGACGUCAGCAUACCAAGGCCCUGGUAAAAAUGAAGACAGACCUGUUUGUAGAAAGUCACCCAUCAGGAAGUGAUGACCCACUGGAAGAAAGGCAAUGCAAUGGGUGAAGAUGGCUGAGGGAGAGAGCACAGGGGAGUAAGUCACAGAAACGAGGAGAUUUGUGAGAAACAACUUCUUUUUUUUUUGGAAGGCAUUUCCCAUUUUCACAAGUGUUGGAAAGUCUGUGUCAAGGGUCAAAGACAGCACCAUGUCAGCUACAGAUCAAACAGCGGUGUCCGUUGGAAUCGCGGUGGGCUUCGGUGUGCUGGGUCUGCUGCUGCUGGCCUGCCUCAUCAACCACCUGGGGGGCAAGAUCAAGUGGGGCAAGAUCUUCAAGAUCUUCAAGUGCUUCAAGCGCAAGAAGACAUCAUUAAAGGAUAAAGUCCUAGAGAAAGUUAGCACCAAGAAGUCCAAGAAGUCUGAGAAGUCUAAGAAGUCCAAGAAGUCCGAUAAGUCCGAUAAGUCUGAGAAGUCUGAGAAGUCCAAGAAGUCCGAGAAGUCCGAUAAGUCUGAUAAGUCCGAUAAAUCCGAGAAGUCCGAGAAGUCCGAGAAGUCCAAGACUCCAUUCUCCAUCAGCACUAUUGUGGAGAUGAAAUAGCUGUCAGAUCUUCCCUGGCCACAGGCUCCCGUUCUCUCCCCGUUUAUUUCCACUACCUGUGCUCUGUCUGGGACUCCCGUCUGGCUGAUGCCACUGAUUUGGUCAGACCUCUGUGUGAUAGCAGCUCACUUACGCACCAGGCUGGCUCUCAGUCCAGUCCGAAA